AUGAGACAAGAGGUUGGCUAUAUUUUGCUGGGCCAUGCGUUGGUGGUGCUCUUCCUAGUGUACCAGACGUUUGACCUUAUCACUUUGCUUUACGAUGACACGUUCCAGGACUCGAUAACACAGCUUGAGAUUGACAAUCCGGGCCCAGCUUUGAUUCCAAAGAUAAUACAUCAGACCUACAAGACCUCUGAUAUUCCAGAAAUCUGGAAAGAGGGCCAGCAGAGGUGUAUUGAUUUGCAUCCUGACUACCAGUACAUACUCUGGACCGACGAGAUGGCGCACAACUUCAUUGCAGAGAACUACCCUUGGUUCCUGUCCACUUACGAUGGUUAUAAAUAUCCAAUUGAGCGUGCAGACGCCAUCAGAUACUUUGUGCUGAACCACUUUGGUGGAAUCUACAUUGACCUAGAUGACGGCUGUGCACGUCGUCUGGACCCAUUGCUGCAAUAUUCAGCUUUCGUCAGGAAGACAGUUCCUACAGGAGUUUCCAACGAUGUGAUGGGCUCUGUUCCAAGACACCCCUUCUUCCUGAAGGUGAUCCAGUCUCUUGAGUCGUACGACCACAACUGGCUGGUUCCCUACAUCACUAUCAUGUACUCCACCGGUCCAUUGUUUCUCUCGGUAUUGUGGAAACGGUACAAGAGAUGGGGUGUUCCAGACUCUUUCAAGAUCAAGAUCAUCAUGCCUGAAGAGUACAAGAAGGGUGCAGAUGCAUUUUUCACGAUUGCGCCGGGCUCCUCCUGGCACAUGGAUGAUGCAAAGUUCUUGAUGACCCUCGCACGUCACUUAACCUUGGCUGUGAUAGGCGGAUGUCUCAUUGCAGCUUUGCUGUUGUAUCUGGAGUACUUGUUCUACUGCCUGGUUAUCAGUUCUGCCUUCAAGAAGAUGCUGAACUUCAUCCUGAAGACUAUUACCUUUGGAAAGAUGGGCCAGCAACAGUACACUCCAAUACAGACCCAGGAAAGAGGCAACAUCGAGGAGUCUUACCCUCGUCGUCUGAUGAAGACGAGAAACAGAAAGGACUCCAACCUCCCAGUGGUCGUUGACCUGGAGAAGCAGGAAACUGUUUGA